GAACCACCAUGCCUCACUUUGCAAACCCUCUUUUAAGAAACAUCAUUAUCAAAAGUCCACUUGAUAAUAUCAAGCAGAAGAAAUGCCUCCAGUAUUUGAAAACCCUGAGAACCCUGCAAUAUGAUGGAUUUAAGACCAUAUAUUUUGGGGAAAACGAUAUCUCUGAAAGUCUUAUAACUGGGGAAGAUUUUGGCGAUGAGUAUUUCAAGCAGAGUCCAACUUGGUGUAUUUUGCACGCCGGUGGUAGUCACGGGUGGGUGCCUUGGAAAUAUCGGAUGUUCCUAAGAGAUGAGUUAUGUGUCAGACAAGAAGACAGCCUCUUCUUUGAGUUCUGUGAUGUGGCGAAGAAGGCCUACGGGAAGUGCGCCAUUGUGGUCAAAGACGGAAAGUGGCUCCAUGAGAUGAGGUCAAAUGAAAACAAGGAGUCUCAGGCCCAGGCCCACGUCCCAUCAGUCAUUAACUUAACAAGCAUCAUGUGUUGUCCUGAGGUGGCCAAAUCCUGUGGCCACGAACUACUCUGUCUGCCUUCCCCUUACGGUUACCUGAACCCUUUAGACUCAGCCUGGUCUUCUCUGAAAUGGUUUAUCAUCAACAACAGAAGGGCGUUUUGUUUGCAGUCCAUUGAUGGUGCCUAUGCGUACCAGUAUAUACUUCUCAGCAGUUUAAUUAGCAAAGGGAUUGAAAGGAUAAACCCAAGCAAGUGGAGAACGCUAACUAACAAAGUGCGGAGGUGGGAAAACUACUAUCUUGGUAAAUUUUCUUAAGGGUGAUUCCUCCAACCAGCAGUGAGAUUGUGCUACCAGCAUGGUCUUGACCAACUCCCUGGGCUCAACGCUGGACCAUUGCAGCCAAACUCCAACAGUGACCUUACAGGGGUGCUGUGAGGACUUGGGUUCCUAAGCGUGUUGGUAAAGUGCUUCAGGUUUACUGGAGGUUGCAGUAAAGCUUCUGGAUAAAUCAAGGAUCUUGACUCCCAUCUUGUUAAAGCGACGUUGAGGGCUAUGUCAGCAGGAACAUUAGGGCUCGUCCAGCUCAAAGGAACCUGGUGAUGAGCAGGGGUGAGCAAAGCUAAAAGUUAUGUGGUCAA